AUGGAUAUCAUAAUUUGGAAUAGUAGGGGCGCUCUGAAGCCCAAUUUUCAGAGCUACGUCGGGGAUCUAGUUCAUGACCAUAAUCCUGCUAUCAUGGUUGUGAUGGAGACAAAAAUUGGUGGUGCUAGAGCAAAAGAGAUUACUGAUAGGCUUCCAUUUGAUGGAGCCAUACAUUCGAAUACUAUUGGGUACGCAGGGGGGCUCUGGCUGCUGUGGAACUCAGAUAAGGUGGAUAUAACUGAAUUAGCCAACACUGAGCAGGAGAUUCAUGUUGAAGUUAAGGUACGUUCCUCUAACCUUAGCUGGAUUUUUUCUGCAAUUUAUGCUAGUCCUAGGAGUGAGGAGAGAUUUAUGCUCUGGGAUAAUCUAAUUAAAGUGGCUGACCUCCACAAUAAACCUUGGAUUAUGGCUGGUGAUUUCAACGAGCCUUUGACUGAUGAGGAUAAAUUUGGGGGCAAAGGGGUUAAUAUUAAUCGUUCUUUGAUUUUUAAAGAGUGUCUUGACUCCUGCAACAUGGUUGACAUGGGGUUUUCUGGUCCAAGAUACACGUGGACAAAUAAGAGAGAUAUUAAUAACCUGAUUUUGGAGAGAAUUGAUAGGUUUUUCAUGAAUCCGGAUUGA